UUAUGUCACUCACUAAUUUCAUUUUGGUUCAGUCAAACAUUUAAAUUUUCAUUGUAUUCAUAAAUAUGUAAAUAUGUGAGGCAAGAAACGGAAUAAGAAAUAUGAUUAACGCACAAUAGAUUGCGUAUUUGCAUUUGAGAUAAGCCUGCAUUGGCAGCAAGCCAUAAAUUCUAUGCUCUUUCUGUUUAUAAAAUCGCUGAGAAAUAGAUUAAAAUCAUCUGAAAAUUGAGAUGCGGCAUCACAUAGUGUAUGUAUACCAAGAACAGGUAGAGAAUCUUCCGAGGCAGGCAAACCGCUCAAGCAAAUUGAAUGCUCAGUAGCCGCUGAACCGCUCGCCAGAUCGCGUCAACGGAAUUCUCACUUCAGAAUAUAUUUUCAAUGAAUCGUAAGCGCUGCCUUAUCGGUCUCGUCACCUGCCUGGUGGCAGCUCUUCCCAAGGGUCAGAGCCACAGUGUAGUCCGCGGAACAAGCAACCUGAGUUGCCAGGACUGCAAUGGCACUUCCGACCUGCCCGAGGUGAGUGGCAACAAGUUCCUGUACUUUGGCUUUGGCAGCAACAUGCUGGCCCAGCGGAUACACAUCCAAAAUCCCACGGCUGUAAGAAUAGGACCCGCUAGACUACCCGACUAUCGCCUGGACUUUGCCUUUGAGUCGAAUCGAUGGGAUGGAGCGGUGGCCACCAUCGUGCCCACUCAGGGUGACGAGGCAUGGGGCACACUUUGGGAGAUUGAUCUCAGCAAUCUGCCAGAUAUUGAUAACCAGGAAGGCGUUCAUUUGGGCAUUUACAAACCUCAAACCGUCUACGUGAAGCUAAGGAAUGAAUCUAAGGAUACUCCUGCACGCGCUUACCUGCUGAACCAGCAGCCGGAGACCAAUCUGUACGAAAUUUCCAGGGAUUUGAUUCCAGAAUCCCGUCAGCCCUCAAAGACCUAUCUACAGUGUUUAGUUCGAGGUGCCAUCGAGAGUUCCGUUCCCGAGGAGUACGUUCAGCGGCUGAGGAGCAUCAAGCACAAUGGUCAUGUUGCUGCCAAACUGGAGAGACAACUGGAGCUACAGGACAUUCUGUUGUAAUGUAAACUGAACAAUAAAUGAAAAUAUACAUAAAAAAUGCCAUCUGAAAUUAUUGCCAAUAAAAAAAAACAAAUCAGCAAAA